ACCAUUAAUUUCAAUACAACCCCCAGUUGUCAAAACCACCAAUAUGUUUGAUCACAUUACCACAUUUCUGUCCUAAAGAUUUGAUCUUUACAACUUCAUUUUGUAUCAACAUUUACUGUUUAGUGUUUACACAUAAUCUUUACUGCUGUAACUUCAAUAGUCAGGAUCUGAGGUUUUUACUCAUCUUGGUAUGCUUAAUUUCAUAAAUUCAGUAAAGGGUAUUCUGCAAGUUUGUAUCUUUUUUGAUAUAUUUAUUUGGGUAUUAGAAAGUUUUGAUUUUUAAAAGAAUUUCGAAAAUGCUCACCUGCUACCUUGGUUAGGCCAACUUCAUCCGUUUAUUAUUAAAGUUUUGAUUUUUGAUGCAAAAUAGAUUAAAUGAGUACUAUUAGGCAUUCGUUUGUGAAUUGGGUACAAUGUAAAAGAUUUAUAUUUAGGUGGUUUAAUAAAUAUAAUGUAAUUAGCUCUUGUUUGUUUAUUGUGUUAGUCAUAGUUUUUGGUUUUAUAUAUAUAAAUGAAAGUAUACCCCUUGUGAAUCUUGAAGAAAAUAUUGUUAGUGAUUCGAAUGAUUCGGACGGUGUGUGUGAUCUUUAUGAUGGAAAGUGGGUUCCUGAUGAAAAUGAUGAAUACCCUUUAUACAAUGCAUCUCAAUGUCCAUUUGCCGAAAAAAGUUUUAAUUGUUUAGCUAAUGGUAGGAAGGAUAAAGGUUAUUUGAAAUGGCGGUGGAAACCAAACAAUUGUGAUGUUUCUAGGUUUGAUGUUGAGGUUGUUCUGGAAAAGCUUCGUGGGAAGCGAGUUGUGUUUGUUGGUGAUUCUUUGAGUAGGACUCAAUGGGAGUCUAUGAUAUGUUUGCUUAUGACUGGUGUGGAUGAUAAAUCGAGUGUUUAUGAAGUUAAUGGGAAUAAGAUUAGUAAAAAGAUUAGGUAUUUGGGUGUUAGGUUUAGUUCUUAUAAUUUUACGGUCGAGUUUUACCGGUCCGUUUUUCUAGUGAAGAUUGGUUCGGUCCCAAAACGUUCACCAAAGAGGGUUAGAUCAACGAUUAAACUUGAUGAGUUGGAUGGCAUUAGCUCAAAAUGGAUUGAUUCGGAUAUUCUUGUGUUUAAUACUGGACAUUGGUGGAAUCGUGCAAAGCUUUUCGAAAUGGGUUGUUAUUUUAAGGUUGGUGGAAGGCUGAAACUUGGAAUGUCAACCAUGUCUGCAUAUACUACAGCAUUAAACACUUGGGCAUCAUGGGUUGAAAAUAUGGUUGAUACAGAUAGGACCCGGGUAUUCUUUAGGACAUUUGAGGGCAGUCAUUGGAGCGGGCUCAAUGGUCACAUUUGCAAAGUUACCAAAAAUCCUUUAUCUACUAGCAAAGCUGAUGAUAGAAGUAAUUUCUCGGAUAUUAUAAUAAGAAUGGUCAAAAAUAUGUCAGUACCAGUAACGACAAUGUAUGUAACUCCCAUGGGGUCGUUUCGUAGUGAUGCACAUGUUGGUACAUGGAGUGAUAAUCCAACGGUUCCUGACUGUAGCCAUUGGUGUUUACCUGGAGUCCCAGAUGCAUGGAAUGAAAUCCUGUUCUCAUAUCUGUGAUAUGCUAGCACGGCUUCAGAUUUUUUGGUGUGAGUGCAAGAGAGAGGGAGAAGAAAAAGGCUGUCCAUCUAUAACAAAUUUCAUUCAUUUCUUCUUGUACAAUGGCUGUAUUCAGCGUAUAAGAUUGAUCUAAAUAUAACUUUUGUUAACUAUUGAGUUCAGAUCCUCAUUGUUACUCUGUUAAUUUAUUUUAAGCAACAUACAAGUAAGAAGAUAGAUCAAUAUUCGGUCAUAUUUCCGCAUAUAUUAAAUUGGACAACUUUAUGUACUUAAUCAAACUAAAAUUUCAAGCUCGAGAAGUUGCGCCAUG